UCACAAACACAGCCAAAGCGCAGACCCUUUUAAAGAAGAGCGCUCUCUCAUGGGCAUACCCCACUCUGUUAAUAUCCUUUUGAGUGGAAUGAGAUAUCUACUCUAAAGCCGCCUCUCUUUUUUUCCGUUCUUCUUCUCUCUUUCUUUUAAAUCCCUCCUCAUUCUCUCUUUCUUUCUUCCUUUCAUUUUUUUGUUCUCUUUGCUGAAAAUCCUAAAGGAAAAAAGAUUGAGAAAAAAAGAAGGUAUAUAUAUAUAUAUAGAUAUAUAUAUAUAUAUAUGUAUAUAUAGAGAGAGAUAUUUAUUAAUCUCAUCAUGACUUUUCAACUGUAUUGAUCAUAUUUUCUCGUCUGGCUCAGAGACAAAUUGAUAAAAGAAGCAUGGGGAAAAGGAUUACUGCUACUACCAUCAUCUUCUUCUUCUUUAGUGCAGAUCAUAAGUGUGUUGAAGUCAUAUUGGAGGGUAUUUUCUGAAAAUAUAUACACGUCUUCCUUUCUCUGAUUGUCUUGCUGUUUUUUAAUUGUUUUUUUGCAGUAAGUAAUAGCAAUGUCUUUUGUGCACUAAAACCAACCAACAAAAAUCUUCAUCUCGCUCUCUCUCUCUCUUUCCGUAUCUCUGUCCUUUCUUUCUUUUCUGCUUCUUCUUCUUUUAUUCCUUUUGUUUCUAAGCUGUUUAAAGCAAAAUAAUGGAUUCUGGAAACAACAGUGCAAGUCUGCAGUCAUCAAGUACUGGUGGUGCUGUUGGUGUUGGUGGGAAAGUUGGUGGUGGUGAUGAAGAGUCCGAUUCACGUGCUGGUUCUGAUUCUUUUUCUUCAGCUUUUCACACUCAAAACUCAUCCUCUUCAUCCAUGUUUGACCCUUUUGCCAACUAUUUCAACCCCAUAUCUCGCCCAAACGCAGACCCACCACCACCAGCUCCUUCACACAACUACACGCCCCCUAAUUCACUUUUCAAUCUCGAUACUGAUUGGUCCAAAACCCUAAGAUCCGACCUCAACAACAACCCCAUGUUAUUACCAUCAUCAUCUGAUAAACCGUCUUAUUCUAAUAAUUCUUUAUCCUUUAGUACUGGUGGAGCUUCUUUCCUUUCAUCAACACCAGCAGAACGCGGUGCUGGUGGGAACGUGAGUAUUGCUACUACUACUACUGGGACAUCGGCGGAUCAACCAAUUACGCAACCCGUGCGUAAUCCGAAGAAAAGAUCGAGAGCGUCAAGAAGGGCACCAACUACUGUGUUGACAACAGAUACCACUAAUUUCAGAGCUAUGGUUCAAGAAUUUACUGGGAUUCCUGCACCACCUUUCACUUCUUCCUAUUUCCCCCCCAGAAGUAGAUUUGAUUUAUUUGCUAUUGCACCUAAUUCCUCUAUAAGAUCCGCUGUUGGUGCUGGUCCUGGUGUUGGUAAUAAUCUGCUAAGCAUUUCACAACCACCUAAUUAUCUACGAAGACCUUUCCCUCAGAAAAUUCAUCCACCACCCUUUCUUUCUCCUUCAUCAGUUUCUGCUACUUCGUCUUCCUCCUCGUCCUCGUCGUUAAUGUUGAGUUGUUUAGCUGAAAAUAUUGCUUCAACAACCACUAGUGGUUCUAAUUCUAAUAUUAACUACCAACUGACUUCCGAAUUAGGCCUGCUGAAGCAACUUCCUAGCGGACUCGCCAAUUCUGCCACACAAAGCUCUAAUCUUUUCGAUUCAAUUCAACAGAACUCAAUCCUGGCAUCACUUUUUCAACAUUCUCAAAAAUAUGCAAUUGUGUCCAAAGACCAAGAACAUCUCCAAAUGCCAGCGAAUAGCAACUCUCAGCUGAAGAUUGGUAGUGUUCUUGAAGAGUAUAGUGUGAACAAUGCUUCACAUGGACAUAUUCUAAGUGGGCUUCCGAAUCUGAUUUGUCCGGAACAAGCAGCAACAUCAUCGAGGAACGUGGACAACAGUAUUAAUGCAGCUAAUUUUCAUGGCGAUAAGGUGCAGGAAACAGUGGUAAGCAGAGGUGGUGAAGGUAUGGUGGAAUCAUGGAUUUGUUCUUCAGACUAGAAAAAAAGAAGAUAAAUAUUAUUACGCAGUACAAAGUUAUUUGAAGUCAUGAUGAUGAUUAUGUGAUCAUAACAACAAUGAGGAGGAAAAGAAAAAGGUAGAUUUAUUAGUGCUAUCUUACCAUCAUGUUUUCUUAAUCAUGAUUUUCAAAAAUGAAGCAGCAAAUUUUAGUUUAAUUUCAUUGAAAUGUUCUGUAGAUAAUAAUCUGCGGAUUGGUUUCUUGAAGUACUUGAUUAUAUGGAUAAUCAUAUACUUAUAGAUUAGAUUUAGAUUAGUUAGAAAGUGGGAGGGAGAUGGAAUACAUAUAUUAUUAUGAUUAGAAUGAUGGAGGUUUUGUUGGUUCAUUUUCCUUGUUUUCUUGUCAAUGUUGGUUUCUUCGAAUAGUAAAAUGUUGUUACUUUGCAUUUUAA